UUAGCCCCGCUGAACUUGUGUUCGGACAUCAAGGUACAAAUUUUCUUUCAAAACUUUUUAAACAAUACUUGAAACAUUGAACAUUUCUCACCGAGUCUCAAGGACAUACCACCUGCAGAGUCAAGGGCACUUAAGCGUUUCCACCAAACCCUUAAGGCAAUGUUGAGGAAAUAUUGUCAAGACACUCCUAAAGACUGAGACGAGGGAGUUCCUUUAGUCUAAUUUGCUGUAAAUGAAACUACUCAAGAAUCUCUUGGAUUUAGCCCCGCUGAACUGUUCGGACAUCAAGUUGGAGGCUAAAGCUGAUGAGUUCUCCCAGUCUAAGUGAAUUGGGCCGAUCAGAGAGAUCUGCAGCACUGGACGACCAAAACAAUCAACAGCACAGAGCAGGAACCAAUGCUACAUGGAACAGCAUCCAUAAUGCCGUGAUCGCUGUGUUCCAGCGUAAAAAUCUGUCAGAGAAUGAACUUUACACACUGAAUGAAGGGGUCAGAGAGCUCUUGAAGACUGAACUGGGCUCUUUCUUCACAGAGUAUCUGCAGAACCAGCUUUUAACAAAGGGAAUGGUAAUUCUGCGUGAUAAAAUCCACUUUUAUGAGGGUCAAAAGUUGCUGGAUUCUCUGUCAGAAACGUGGGACUUUUUCUUCUGUGAUGUUUUGUCCACACUGCAGGCAGUUUUCUAUCCUGUCCAGGGUAAGGACCCGUCAGUGCGGCAGCUGGCACUGUUGCAUUUUAGGAAUAUUAUUACACUUAACAUAAAACUGGACAAUGCGCUGAUGCGCCCGCGUGCCAGAAUCCCUCCGUCCAUCGUUCAGAUGCUGCUGAUCCUUCAGGGGGUUCAUGAUUGUAAAGCUGUGAGCAGUGAUUACCUAAAGCUGGAGUCCCUUGUGCAGAAAGUUGUUUCACCAUAUCUGGGUACCCAUGGCCUUUUUUCCAGGGAUGGCUCUGUCACCCAGUGCUCAUGUGUGUUGGAGAAACGCCUUCAACGCAGGAGGCCACAUUCUAGCACUUUACCUACAAAGAACCUUGUGGUUCGCUCCAAAAGCUACAACAUACCCAUACUGACACCUGUGGCCGAAUACGACUCAGAAAGCAGCGCAGUGAGCGUCCGACGGCAUUCCGUUUGUCAAAUGACUUCCUGUCUGGAGGAAACUGCCUUCGCUGAGGUCCCUCCAAUGUCAUCCUUUCCCUCCCAUGUCGAGGAUUCUGAAGAUGUGGAGCAUCACACUUCCGCAUCUUCUUCACCGAUAUUCUCCGGCCUCUGCUGCAACAGUGUCCAGGAACCAGGAGUUCACCAGGACAUCUCCGUUCCCAGCCUUUCGUCUAGUCCAGAGACUGUUGUGGAUCAGAUUCUGGACUCGGACAAUGAGGGAAUAUUCAUCAACUUCCGCCGACAGCAUUCAAGCUCGUCCGAGUUCACCCGCAGAAGUGAGAGUGUGGAGUAACUGUUGAGUUCAACAAAUUAAUUCAAUGUCUCCAUGUUAUCAGACAAUUAUUGUUGUUUUUUUGGAAAAUAUGCUCAUUUUGCAGCUCCCCUAGAGUGAAACAUUUGAUUUUUACCGUUUUGUAAUCUAUUCAGCUGAUCUCCGGGUCUGGAGCUAGCACUUUUAGCAUAGCUUAGCACAAUCCAUUGAAUCUGAUUAGACCAUUAGCAUUGCGCUAAAAAUAUUUUCAAUAUUUUUCCUAUUUAAAACUUGACUCUUCUGUAUUUACAUUGUGUACUAAGACCGACACAAUAAUAAAAGUAGAUUUUCUAGGCAUAUAUUGCUAGGAACUAUACUCUCAUGUUGGCGUAAUAAUCAAGGACUUUGCUGCUGUAACAUGGCUGUAGUGAUAUUACGCACUGCCCCAAAAUAGCCCCCUUGGUUACUUUUAAUAGCAGGGGACUAUUUUCGGGCAGUGCGUAAUAUCACUUUGCCUGCUGCAGCCAUGUUACAGCAGCAAAGUCCUUGAUUAUUACAUCAGAAUGAGAGUAUAGUUCCUAGACAUCUGACUAGAAAAUCCCAGCUUUUAAUUUUCUGUUGGUCUUAGUACACGAUGUAACUACAGAAUAGUCAAGUUUUAAAUAGGAAAAAUACUGAAAAUAUUUUUAGCGCAAUGCUAUAAUGGUCUAAUCAGAUUCAAUGGAUUGUGCUAAGCUAUGCUAAAAGUGCUAGCGCCAGACCCAGAGAUCAGCUGAAUGGAUUCCAAAACGGUAAGAAUCGAAUGUUUAACUCUAGGGGAGCUGGAAAAUGAGCAUAUUUUAAAAAAGUGGAAUGUCCCUUUAAAGUUUGUCGAAUUUACAGAUUUUUUUCUUGGACCCUGGAUGUGUUCAAAAAAGCACAAUAGCCAGCUUAGUAUGUAUACAGCUCACACAAGUUUGUAGGCAUGCAGUACUGAUCUUAUUCUUGAUUCAUUUACUUGGCUUUUUAAAGAACAUGUAAUACAUGUAACAGCUUGUAUAAACAGUACUGUGUGAAUGUUUACACAGUAUUGUAAAACACUGAUGUUAUUACUGUGCGGUGUGAUGCUUUUUUUGAACACAGCCCUAAUAAACCAUUAAUAGGAA